CCUUCCUCCCUCCCUUGCUUCCGCUCUCUCCCUAUUGAAUCUCUCUCUCUCUCUCUAACCUUGCCCUCUCUGCUUUUACUCAAAUCCCUUGAAUUUGGAAACCCCUGUUCGGGUGCUGGGAGAACCCAAGAAGAAAAGCAUCCUAUUUGGUUUUUUUUUUUUUUAAAUCAAUCAGUUUAAAAAAUCCCCCCCCCCCCCCGGGCAUCUUCUAAAUUCGCGUUCUUUCCUCAAGUAUCGCGAGCUCUCGGACCCACUUCGAUUUUCUUCUUGAUAUCGUUUUUUGGUCCUCUGGUGUUUGAAUUGGCUGGGCGAUUCGGGGGAGUUAUACCCACGAUCGAACUGAUCAUAUGUUUUUAGGUGAUAGAAUGGAAUCCAGUAGCCUUGAUAGUACUGUAUCAUCCUUGACUAUGGAUGAUGAUGAGCAUAUUCCCCAUCAGUUUUCUUCGAUCACGAAGCUGCAUAACAAUGGUCCUGGUACUACCAGUGUCCACGAGCUGCUUGAAUGCCCUGUUUGCACCAGUUCAAUGUAUCCUCCAAUCCAUCAGUGUCACAAUGGGCAUACACUUUGUUCAACUUGUAAGACAAGGGUACACAAUCGAUGUCCAACCUGUAGACAGGAACUAGGGGAUAUAAGGUGUCUGGCGCUGGAGAAAAUAGCAGAAUCACUUGAACUGCCUUGCAGAUACGGCUCACUUGGCUGUCCAGAGAUAUUUCCCUAUUAUAGCAAACUCAAACACGAGUCUGUUUGUAACUUCAGACCAUACAACUGCCCCUAUGCUGGGUCAGACUGUUCUGUUGUUGGGGAUAUUCCAUAUCUCGUUGCUCAUUUACGGGAUGACCACAGGGUUGAUAUGCAUUCAGGAUGCACAUUUAACCAUCGCUAUGUCAAAUCUAAUCCUGUGGAAGUAGAAAAUGCUACAUGGAUGUUAACGGUCUUCCACUGUUUUGGUCAGUACUUCUGUCUCCAUUUUGAAGCCUUUCAGCUUGGUAUGGCUCCUGUUUACAUGGCAUUUCUCCGGUUCAUGGGCGACGAAAGAGAAGCUCGGAGCUACAGCUACAGUCUGGAGAUAGGAGGGAAUGGACGUAAACAAAUAUGGGAGGGCAGCCCAAGAAGCAUAAGAGACAGCCAUAAGAAAGUUAGAGACAGCCAUGAUGGCCUCAUUGUGUACAGAAACAUGGCACUUUUCUUCUCAGGUGGGGACAGGAAAGAGUUGAAGCUACGAGUCACUGGAAGGAUCUGGAAAGAACAGCAAAAUCCUGAAGGCGGAGUGUGCAUACCCAAUCUCUGUAGUUAAAUGGAGAGAUUAAGGAGUGAUGUGAUUGCUAUUUGUAGAUAAUUUUGGAAUGAAUUACACUCAGGAAAAAUUUCCCAUGUGCUUGCUAUCAGAUUCUCAAAUAACCCCAUGACAUGUAAAAUAACUUUUCACUCCGCAUUAUGCAGCGAUGAAAUUAGGAGGAAGAAGACUCACUUCUUGUGUUCUUAUUGGAGAAUCUGAUAACAAACGCGUAAAAGUUCUACCUUAA